GAUACGUUCGCAUAUACACGUGACAUUUUCUGAUAUGAUCGUAAGUUCGUAACCCAGCAAUAGCAUGUCAUCUCUCUCUUGACUCUUCCCUCCGUUUCUAUAUAUGGGGAAUGUACAAAGAACAAAAAGAGAAAGAAAGAGAAAUGGAGAAGAGAAUCAUCAAUGGUUGGUCAAAGAGAAAACAAAAACAUGUGGUGUAGCUUUCAAACAAAAGAUUACGAGAUAUUUUUGGACAGAUUUCAUUCUCCUCUUUAUCUCUCAUCACCAAUCUCUUUUUAUUGUUCCUCCAUAUUCAUCAUCAUGAUCAAUCCUCUUAUGUGUUUUCUUUCGAAAUAUUAUCGAAUAUAGGAUUUGGUAAUAGAUUGUGUUUAUGAUUGGAAUGUGUUUUGAGUCUUGCAGGCAAUUGGUAAGGACUUUGGUUAUCAUAAUUCAUAAGAACACUCUUUUUUUAGAGUGCUCUUCUCGCCUGCCCCUAUCUGCCUAAUCCAUACCUAUCAUAUCUAUACAUAACACAUCAUGUCUCUCAACGUUGAUCUUGACGUAUGUGUUUUGGAGAGACCCAAUGUGUGUUCUUUUAAAAAGAGGAGUUGCUCCAAGUUGAGUUGUUCCUUGACGAAGAAGAGAAGAAGUAGCAAAGUGAUGUCCGUGGAGAUCUUUGAGGAUGAGCAUGACGCGGAGGAGGUAAAGGCGGUUGAUGCAUUCCGCCAAGCGCUUAUUCUCGAUGAACUACUUCCGGACAAACAUGAUGAUUACCAUAUGAUGCUUAGGUUUUUGAAGGCUAGAAAAUUUGAUCUUGAGAAAACCAAACAAAUGUGGUCUGACAUGCUCCGAUGGAGGAAGGAGUUUGGUGCUGACACAGUUAUGGAGGAUUUUGAAUUUAAGGAAAUAGAUGAAGUGUUGAAAUACUACCCUCAAGGACACCAUGGAGUCGACAAGGAAGGAAGACCGGUGUACAUCGAGAGGCUAGGUCAAGUAGACUCUACCAAGUUGAUGCAAGUCACAACCAUGGAUAGAUAUGUGAACUACCAUGUGAUGGAGUUUGAGAGGACUUUCAAUGUUAAGUUCCCAGCAUGCUCCAUCGCAGCAAAGAAGCACAUUGAUCAAAGUACAACAAUUCUUGAUGUCCAAGGAGUGGGGCUCAAAAACUUCAACAAGGCAGCAAGGGAUUUGAUUACGCGCCUUCAAAAGGUCGAUGGCGACAACUAUCCAGAGACCUUGAACAGGAUGUUUAUCAUCAAUGCUGGCUCAGGAUUCAGGAUGUUGUGGAACACGGUUAAGUCUUUUCUUGACCCAAAGACUACAGCAAAGAUCCAUGUUCUUGGCAACAAGUACCAAAGCAAGUUGCUUGAAAUAAUUGAUGCUAGUGAGCUGCCUGAGUUUCUGGGAGGAUCUUGUACUUGUGCUGACAAUGGAGGCUGCAUGCGCUCGGACAAAGGGCCAUGGAACAAUCUAGAUAUUAUGAAGAGAGUUAAUAAUGGUGACCACAAAUGCUCAAAGAGAUCUCAAGCUGAAAAUGUUGCAGAUAAUACCACAUCCGAGGAAAACAUUGUUCACUCCAAGGGGAAUGACUCUGCAGUUGAGGAAGCUCCUGAAACUGACCAGUCAUUGCUCUCUCCUUGUCAAAAUGUCGUGGUUGCUCAUCCAGCUUGGAACAUACCAGAAGCUCACAAAUUUUCCCUCUCAAAAAGGGAUGUUUACGCUAUUCAAGAAGCUUGCAAAGCUACAAAUGAAAGUGGGAGGUCUCCUAUUUUCACUGGCGUCAUGGCUUUUGUAAUGGGUGUAGUAACCAUGAUUAGAGUGACUAAAAACGUACCAAGGAAGCUAACCGAGUCAACCAUAUACUCUAGUCCAGUUUACUGCGACGAAAACUCCAUGAACAAAAGCUCGAUGCAUGAGGGGAAAAUGGCAACAACAACCAUCUCAGGGGAUAAUUUCAUGGCGGUCAUGAAACGAAUGGCUGAGCUUGAGCAGAAAGUCACAAUCUUGAGUGCACAGCCAAUAACUAUGCCUCCUGAAAAGGAAGAGAUGCUUAAUGAUGCCAUUAGCCGAGCCGAUUUCUUGGAACAAGAACUGGCUGCAACCAAGAAGGCUCUUGAUGAUUCUCUUGGCCGACAAGAGGACCUUGUGGCAUACGUUGAGAGAAAGAAGAAGAAGAAGAAGCUGUUCACUUGGUGAAUGAGGAAUAUGAGGAAGAAGAAGCCUCUAGAGGAGUCAGAGGUCGCCAAUGCAUGUCAUUAACUUAAAUCAUAUACAGUCAUCUUAAAAUUAAGAGAAUCUCCAAGGAAAGAAUUUUGUUUUGUCUCUGUAUAUAUCGAUCUUCCUUAGAUGUUACCACUUAUCCACAUUAUAUGCGAGAUUAAUUUUUAUUUGUAAAAACAAACAAAAACAAAAACUUAUCAGAAA